AUGGGCAAACGAAGGCUAAUGUGCAAGUUUUGUGUAGUCGGUGGUAACGCGGUGUCAGCCUUUCUCUCAUGGAGACUCCAGACAACAAACUCGUGUGAUGUGACGCUAGUCUGGAAAUCGGGGUUUGAAUCGGUCGCUCAAUAUGGUGUUUCAUUUCGAUCGAAGACAUUCGGAAAUGAACGAUUUAAGCCGCGACAUGUUGUGCGAACGCCCGAAGAAGCUGCUUCACGAGAGAACGCUUACGACUACGUUGUUCUCUGUGUCAAAGCUCUGCCCGAUAUAUAUGAUCUUGGAUCGGUCAUCGAAUCCGUCGUCACCCCUCAACACACAUGCAUCCUCGUCAAUACUACAAAUACCCUAGGUGUUGAGUCACAUUUGGAGCAACGGUUUCCGACGAACGUUGUCUUGUCGCUGGUUUCCAAUGUCAUCAUCAAUCAGACCGGUAUGAGUGACUUUGAGCAUGAAGGCUCGACUGAAAUGUGGGUGGGACCUGCCAGCAAAAACGCGGCUAUCCCUGUUUCUAUUCAAAACGAUAUGGCCUCUGCUCUGGCUAUGACCCUGAGCUCUGGUAAUGUGGAUUGCAAGGUCUCUUCGAAUAUUAGACAGGAACAAUUCGACCGAAUGAUCGGUCCAAUUGCCUUCCACCCGACAAGCGUACUUUUCAAUACUCCCAACCACUCCCAACUAUUAGAGAAAGUCGGUGUACGCCAACUGGUUAACGAUGCGAUCGAUGAACUCCUCAAAUUAGCAUCGACACAAGGGUGUUCAUUCGACUCCGGGUACAGAGAAAAGGUCAUUGCGAAAAUGACGGCACCGACCGAAACACAGACUACCAUGUAUCAAGACUUUCUCGCUCGCCGACCCAUGGAGGUCGAAACGUAUCUUGGUUCACCUAUUCGUCUAGCAAUGGAAAGCAACGUCAGUCUACCUCGUUUAGAAACAAUCUACGCCAUGCUUCAUCACCUCAACAUCGUCAACCAAACCAAACCUGAAUCUCCGCCGCCAGGAAUCACAACCCAACCUCCACCUAGGACAGCGUCUGUUCCCCCUGUUCAGAAGCCAAUGGUCAACGGCAUGCGGGCAAGCCGAACUUCGUCCAAUAUGGGAAUGCCUAUGCCGCCGCCUCAACAACGUAGAGGACCACCCCCCAGUGGCCCAAUGCUGAGAACACCAAGCUCACAAGCCGGACCAUCUCGUAUGCCUCGUGAUGCAUCUUUCGAGGACAACGGACUGGAAGAGUUUAGCCACCUUGUUGUCUAUGACGAUAUCCAACCUGACGGUCUACCCAACGGAAAUAUGGACAUGCCCAACGGAGGAGCUAACGGUAACAUUGCUCUACGAGAACGCGAACUUGCUCUUCGUCAACGAGAGCUCCAGCUUCGUGAACGUGAAAUGAACAUGAGACGUGGUCCCGGCCCUCGUGGUGGUCCCAGAGCACCGCCUCCGCCUCGAUCUGUAUUCGAUGAAGAAGACGAAGAUGAUUACUUUGACCCCCAAGAUUUCCGACCGCCACCUGGAAUCGAUCUCGACAACAUCGACAUGAUGAGUGUUACUUCUCGCCGAACGAGGAAAGCACCUAGUGCUGGUCAAUUGCGACGCAAUCCCGAAAUGAAUGGGCCUCCUCAAUCUCGACCCUCGUCUUCGUUCCGAUUCUUCAAUGGACCAGGCGGCCGGAAAAGCACAAGCUCACGCUUGAUCAACGAUAUACCCAUGACUCAUUCAUCACUGAUGGACGAUCCGUUGAUGGCAUACUCUUCAAAUCGAUAUGGGGCUGUGGAUCGCAAAGAGCUACACAUAGAUUCAAGAGCAAAUUCGUUAAGCAAUGCAAGCCGUAUGGGAGAUUUCGGCCCUGGCGGCAUGCCUGGCCCAUAUCCUCCUGGCAGACGAACAAGCGGAUCGCCAGCAUCCUUUGGCCCUAAUGGACGAGGCAUGCCCAUGCCCAGGCCAGGAACUGGUGAGCAUCAGAACUCAUGGGGACCACCUCCUAACGGUAUGAUGCCGCCACAUGGUCGUCCCUCUCCACCGAAUAUGCCAGCGAACAUGCGGGCACCGGUUCCCAGAUACCCUCCCGGAAAUAAUACGGGAGCACAGCAGGUUGAACAACAUCUUGGGGUGAGCAACUCAUAUCCGCCAAAAAUCCCAAAUGCACGGAGUCUGACUGGUAGUGCGAGCGCCAGCGCGGAGAGUGGUGACAGCGGAGCCAGCGCGAAUAUAGAUUCGGAAAACUCCGCUCAUAGCAGUCAGAUCAGCUUGGGAGGAGGGCAUCCGAUGCCUAUGCCGGUUCGUUAA